AUGGAGUCACACAAGGUUGAAGAACCUCUUUCCGGCGAGGCGCGUGACGUGGAAAAGGUCAGCGACAACUUUAAGGAGGACUCCCAUCUCAUCCUUACCGAGGAAGAAGCCUUUGCCAAAGCAAGGGCCAGUCCCAAUGACGCCUUCCCCAUUUUGCUCACAUAUGCCAUUGACGACCAUGAUAACCCUCGCAAUUGGCCAAAAUGGCGCAAAUGGUAUAUCAGUAUCUUUGUUAGCAUGCUGAAUGUGUUCACGUAUGUUUUUCUUUUUCUUUUUCUUGUUUGCUGGUGUGCAGGUGGUAUCUCAUCAGGUGCAACAGGCAUCCAAAAAGAGUUUGGAGUUUCAUCCGAGAUUACAACAUUAUCCCUGUCACUAUACGUCCUCGGUUACGCUAUUGGCCCCGUUAUGCUCGCUCCGCUAUCCGAAUACUUCGGUCGCCAACCUGUCUACGUCGUAUCAUGGUUCUUCCUAUUCCUCUUCCAGCUCCCAUUGGCCCUGGCACCCAACAUCGGCACGAUCCUGGUCUGUCGCUUCAUCGCGGGCUGUGCAGGCGGAGCCCCCCUGACCAACACCGGAGGUACCAUCAGUGAUUUGUGGGAACGCAAUCACAGCGGUGGCCCAAUGGCCGUCUACGGUCUCAGCAGUACAUUUGGACCCCCCACUGCCCUGGUCGUUUCCGGUUAUAUCGGCCUCAACCUCGGAUGGCGCUGGAUUUUCUGGGUUCUCAUGGCCAUCUCGGGUGGAAUCUGGGUGAUUCUUGUGCUGACGAUCCCCGAAACUCGACACACUGCUGUCUUGCAGAACAAGGUCCGUCGCGUGCGCAAGCAAAUGGAGAAGGAGAACUUGCGAUCUGCCGAGUCCAUUGAUGAUAUUCAUGCUCGUGACCGUAAGGGUCUGACCGAGCUGUUUUCUAUUACUCUUACCCGCCCGUUCCGCUUCUUGAUUUCCGAGCCGAUUACGACCUUCUCGGCUAUAUACAACGGAUUCUUGUAUGGAUUGGUGUAUUUGUUCAACGAGGCUUUCCCCUUGGUCUUUGGUGCUCCUUACGGUCAUCCCUUCAAUACUGGUGAACAAGGUCUGGCUUUCUUGGGUAUGGCCAUUGGUCCCGUUGUCGCAUUCUGUUUGUACCCGCUGCAAGAACGCUACUACCUCCGUCGCGUCGCCGAGAACGGUGGCAAUGGUGUCCCCGAAGCACGCAUGUGGAUGGCUCGUGGCGGUGCUAUUCUGAUCCCAAUCAGUCUGUUCUGGUUCGGAUGGACCAGCUUCAAGUCCGUUCACUGGAUCGUGCCUAUCAUUGCCUCCGGUUUCUUCGGUGCCGGUAUCUACAUUGUGAUUCUCAGUAUCCUAAAUUAUGUCGUCGAUAGUUACCAGACGUACUCUGCUUCGGCUCUUGCAGGUGUGAUUCUGGUUCGCAACAUCGUCGGUGCUGGAUUCCCCUUGUUCGCUACGCAGAUGUACGAGAAGCUGGAUUAUGAGUGGGCAUCCAGUCUGCUGGGCUUCAUCUCUAUUUUGCUGGUCCCUAUUCCUUUCAUCUUCUUCUACUAUGGCGAGGCUAUCCGUCUUCGCAGUCCGUGGGCGCGUGAGCACUUCGACCAGAAUGAGGAUAGCCCGCACUGA